AUGAACAAGAAUGAAUUUACUACAAUUGAUACACAAUAUGGUAAAGAACAAGAACCUCAAAGUUUUUCAUCAAUAUUUUCAUCAAGAAAAAAUUUCAUGGAAUGGUUCCGAUCAUUUUUCGAUCGAUCCGUGUUGAUUUAUCAGUUGUUUUAUUUUGCUUAUUACGCAGCAUUCGGUUCACUUUUCCCGCUUAUAUCAAUCUAUUUUAAACAACUUGGAUUGAAUGCUUUACAAUGUGGUAUUCUAAGUGGUACAAGAUCAUUAGUUGAAUGUUUCGCAGCACCAUUUUGGACUGCAUUAGCUGAUAAAUGGAAGAAAGGCAAGAUGUUUGUUCUAGUUAGUUUAUUCUUUGCAAUGGCAUUUACACUUGGCUUAGGAUUUGUACGUCCAACACCCGAAGGUUGUUUAGUUAGCUUGCCAAGAACAACAAGAUAUAAUGCUACAACAAGCGACGAUGAAGAUGGUUUGAUUUUGAGCAUUAUUCAACCUUAUAAAGCAUCAAGAUAUGAUGAUGUUAAAUCGGUUGAUAUGGAUAGAGAUUUAGCCUUGAAAAUUCGUAAUCAAUUAGGACAGUCACCACUUUAUCUCAACACUAAAUUAUUAGUAUCUCCGCCAAAAAUGAAAGCAACACGAUGGGGUACAGGUGUUGGACAACAGACUGGUGAUCAAAAUCUCUACGCAAGAACACAAGCUUAUCAUGAUCCUACACAAUUUCCACCUGGAAGUCUUGUCAUGCCUCUGUAUUCUACAGUUGUUUAUGGUCAAACAAAAAUCAAUCAAAUAUUCAUUGUAAUCUUAUUACUGGUACUUUUUAGUGAACUUAUGUCUUGUGCUGCUAUACCAAUUGUUGAUGCAACAGUUUUACAACAAAGUGGAAUUGACUUUUGUAAUAAUUAUGAAAAACAACGUAUCUUUGGUUCAGUUGGUUGGGCAUUAUCAAUGUUUUUCAUUGGAUUAACACUAGAUCAUUCGACAAGUUUUCCUGACUAUCCUUGUUUACAUCCUGGUUAUCGUGAAAAAAAUUAUAUGGUAUGUUUUGCAACAUAUUCAGUAUUUAUUGCAUUCGCUUUAUUCAUUGCUACACAAUUCACAUUUCAAUAUGAGGGGGAUUCAGACAGUAUGUAUUUUAAAUUAGUGAAAGAUAAAAUGGCUAGAACAUUUUUGGGUAGAACAACAAAAAGUCGUUCAAAAUUAGUUAAUGAAGAGUAUGAUGAAGAUGAUGUUGGUUCAAAAGAUUGGAAAUCUGAUACACUAGUCAAUGAAAUGGAUAAAGGAAAAGUGGUUGACAGUGCAAAAUCUACUAAACAUAGUAAUGAAGAAAUAUUAGAACAACAGCUUGGAAUAAAAAUUGUUCAAAAAAGUGAUGGAAAUAAGUUACAAAAUCAGAAUUCAAUAGAUGCACGACAAGAAGAAUUAGCUGCUGCAGCUCAAUUAAAAGUAACAAGUUGGUUUCGUGCGCUGAAACAAUUUCGUCAACCAAAUCUAUUGGUUUUUCUAUUCGUUAUAUGGUUUAUGGGUUUGGGCUUAGGUCAAGUAUUCACUUUUUUAUUUUGGCAUAUGCAAGAAUUGAAUGGUUCACCAACUUUAUUCGGUAUCGCAUCAAUUAUCAAUCAUGUAUCAGAGAUAUUGAUGUAUCAGUUUAGCAAACAAAUCAUUGAUAAAAUUGGUCAUAUAAAAGUUCUAUAUUUGGGAUUAGUUGGUAAUGUGGCAAGAUUUCUCUAUGUCUCUUGGAUCACAAAUCCAUGGUGGAUUCUUCCAUUUGAAUUUAUACAAGGUCUUACACAUGCCGGUGUAUGGGUAGCUUGUUGUUCAUAUAUUAUGCAAGCAUUCCAAUCGGAAUUUCGUUCAUCAACAUUAGGAUUUCUGCGUGCAAUACACUAUGGUAUGGGACGUGGUUUAGGUGCCAUAUUCGGUGGACUUGUAAUAUCUAGUUAUGGAACUCCAACAAUGUUCAGAGCUUACGGAGUUGCAUCAGCUUUAGUUCUUUUAGGAUUUCUAUCAUUGAACUAUUUCAUGCCAAUUCCAGCAGCCACUGAAGAACCGAAUAAAACUGAAGAAAUGUAUGGACCACUUUCAGCAGAUGGACGUAGUUCGAACACAGGACAAUUUGGUAAUGCAUUUCAAACAACUGAAGUAACCCAUGAUUACUAUCUACAGAAAGAUCAAAAACCAAGUCAGUUUCAACAACAACAACAAAAAUGA